GUAGAGGGACCGCGUGGUGCCAACGACUCCUGCUUAAUUAAACGAGCUCACCCCGUCGUCGUCUCCCUAAAACCCUAAUCAUUUAAAUACGCACGCACACACCGUUUCACUCAUUCCCUUCGCUUCGCUGUCUUCUCUCCGCAACCUCCAUACCAAACAAUCCCUUCUCUCUCCGCCCCUUUCUCUCUCCUCACAAUCAUAAUCCCAGACAAUUCCAUUCUUUUCUGUAAACCCUAAGCGAAAAAUCUAUACCAUCCUCUCAAUACAAUUCACUUCCCAUUACUUCUCCUGUACUGUUUUUGUUGUUCCAUUCUUUUACAUAUAUACAUAUAGAUAUAGGUAUGUAUUGAUUGAUUGAUACAAUCGAAAAAUAAGUAGAAAAGAGAAUGGAUCUUCAUAGCCUGGCCGUCGUACUCCAAGCUGCACUUAGCCCCAACCUAGAUGAACGCAAGGCUGCUGAAGACAGCCUCAAUCAGUAUCAGUACACACCUCAGCAUUUGGUGAGGCUGUUGCAGAUCAUUGUAGAUGGGAAUUGCGACAUGGCUGUACGACAGGCUGCCAGCAUCCAUUUCAAGAACUUCAUAGCCAAAAAUUGGUCGCCUCAUGAUCCACAGGAGCAGUCCAAGAUCUUGCCCAGUGAGAAAGAUUUGGUCAGGCAGAACAUUCUUGUCUUCAUAGCGCAAGUCCCUCCUUUGUUGAGAGCACAACUUGGUGAGUGCCUCAAGACCAUUAUCCAUGCAGAUUACCCAGAGCAAUGGCCUAGUCUUUUACAGUGGGUGAAGCAUAGUUUACAAGACCAGCAAGUUUAUGGAGUUUUGUUUGUUCUGAGGAUUCUUUCUAGAAAAUAUGAGUUCAAGUCAGAUGAUGAGAGGACACCAGUUUAUCUGAUUGUUGAGGAGACGUUUCCUCACUUGCUAAGUAUUUUUAACAGGCUCGUUCAGAUUGUCCACCCUUCAUUGGAAGUUGCAGAUUUGAUGAAGCUGAUUUGUAAAAUAUUCUGGUCAUCCAUUUAUUUGGAGAUCCCAAAACAGUUAUUUGAUCCAAAUGUCUUCAAUGCGUGGAUGGUUCUUUUCUUAAAUGUAUUGGAGAGGCCUGUCCCAUUAGAAGGUCAACCCGUUGAUCCAGAGCUCAGGAAAUCAUGGGGAUGGUGGAAAGUAAAAAAGUGGACAGUUCACAUUUUAAAUCGCUUAUACACCAGAUUUGGAGAUUUGAAACUUCAAAACCCGGAAAACAGAGCUUUUGCACAGAUGUUUCAGAAGAAUUAUGCUGGAAAAAUUUUGGAGUGCCAUUUGAAUUUGUUGAAUGUCAUCCGUGUUGGUGGCUAUUUGCCCGAUAGAGUUACAAAUCUCAUUUUGCAGUACCUAAGCAACAGUGUUUCGAAGAACACUAUGUACAAUCUGCUGCAACCAAGACUUGAUGUCGUACUUUUUGAGAUAAUUUUCCCACUAAUGUGCUUUAGUGACAAUGAUCAAAAGCUUUGGGAUGAAGACCCACAUGAAUAUGUGCGGAAGGGGUAUGAUAUAAUUGAAGAUUUGUACAGCCCUAGGACAGCUGCAAUGGAUUUCGUUAGUGAGUUGGUUAGAAAGCGCGGGAAAGAAAACCUUCAGAAGUUUAUACUAUUCAUUGUGGAGAUCUUUAAGAGAUAUGAUGAAGCAAUAGUGGAAUAUAAACCUUAUCGACAGAAAGAUGGCGCUCUCCUUGCUAUUGGGGCACUUUGCGAUAAAUUGAAACAAACUGAACCUUACAAGUCUGAACUUGAGCGCAUGUUAGUUCAACAUGUUUUUCCUGAGUUCAGCAGUCCAGCGGGCCACCUUAGAGCCAAGGCAGCGUGGGUUGCAGGACAGUAUGCCCACAUCAACUUUUCGGAUCCAAACAAUUUUCGUAAAGCAUUGCAUAGUGUUGUUGCGGGGAUGCGUGACCCAGAGCUUCCAGUUCGUGUUGAUUCAGUCUUUGCUUUGCGUUCUUUUGUUGAAGCUUGCAAAGAUUUAAGUGAAAUCAGACCAAUACUUCCACAACUACUGGAUGAGUUCUUUAAACUCAUGAAUGAAGUUGAAAAUGAGGAUCUUGUGUUUACACUCGAGACUAUUGUGGACAAAUUUGGGGAGGAGAUGGCACCAUAUGCUCUUGGAUUAUGCCAGAAUCUGGCUGCAGCAUUUUGGAAGUGUAUGAACACUGCAGAAGCUGAAGAUGACUCUGAAGACCCUGGUGCUUUGGCAGCAGUUGGUUGUUUACGUGCCAUAAGCACAAUUCUUGAGUCAGUGAGCAGGCUUCCACACCUUUUUGUCCAUAUUGAGCCAACUAUGCUACCGAUAAUGCGCAGGAUGUUGACUACUGAUGGACAAGAGGUCUUUGAGGAAGUCUUAGAAAUUGUGUCAUACAUGACAUUUUUUUCACCUACAAUUUCCCUGGAUAUGUGGAGUCUCUGGCCUUUGAUGAUGGAAGCUUUGGCUGAUUGGGCUAUUGAUUUCUUUCCAAAUAUCUUGGUUCCAUUGGACAACUAUAUAUCCAGGAGUACGGCACAUUUCCUGGCCUGCAAGGAACCAGACUACCAGCAAAGCCUUUGGAAUAUGAUUUCAUCUAUCAUGGGUGAUAAAAAUUUGGACGACGGGGAUAUUGAGCCUGCUCCUAAGCUCAUCGAAGUGGUGUUUCAUAACUGCAGAGGACAAGUCGAUCAUUGGGUUGAGCCAUAUCUCAGGAUCACAGUUGAACGGUUGCAUCGAACUGAGAAACCAUACUUAAAAUGUCUUUUGAUGCAAGUGAUUGCUGAUAUUCUUUACUAUAAUGCACCUUUGGCUCUAAACAUAUUGCAAAAGCUUGGUGUUGCUACCGAAAUCUUCAACCUUUGGUUCCAGAUGUUGCAACAAACUAAAAAGAGUGGAAUGCGGGCUAAUUUUAAAAGAGAGCACGAUAAGAAAGUGUGCUGCUUGGGGUUGACAUCGCUGCUUCCACUUCCUGCGGAUCAAUUGCCAGGGGAGGCCUUGGGACGUGUUUUCAAGGCUACUCUUGAUCUACUUGUUGCCUACAAGGAGCAAGUAGCAGAAGCUGCCAAGGAAGAAGAGGCUGAAGAGGAUGAUGGUGAUGAUGAUGAUAUGGAUGGUCUGCGAAGUGAUGACGAGGAUGAUGAUGGUGGCGAUGUGUCUGACAAGGAAAUGGGAGUUGAUGCCGAGGAUGGGGAUGAAGCCGACAGUAUAAGGCUUAAAAAAUUCGCUGCACAAGCAAAGGCUUUCCGGCCGGAUGACUCAGAUGAGGAUUCAGAUGAUGACUACAGUGAUGAUGAAGAUUUGCAAUCACCAAUUGAUGAGAUUGACCCAUUUGUUUUCUUUAUGGAUACUGUUAAAGUUUUACAAGCAUCAGAUCCGUUGAGGUUUCAGAACCUGAUGCAGACGCUCGACUUCCAUUAUCAGGCGCUGGCAAAUGGCGUUGCUCAGCACGCUGACCAGAGAAGAGUAGAGAUUGAAAAGGAAAAAUUGGAGAAGGCAUCUGCUUCAUCUUCGACUGCUGCGGCUUCCUCAUGAUUUCAGCUGCUGAAGGACAUAUUAUUGUUGGCUCUUGAAUUUUGUUUUGCUCGCUCUUUCUCUUCCUUCCAGUUUUGCACCCAAAUCUGGGAUAGGAUUCUUUGGUUGGGUUCACCAGCGGUCGAGUAAAACCCUGAAGAGUCUUUGAGGUUCCAAAGACCAGGUCCGGAGCAAUCUAGGAGAGGGAACAAUGAUGCUCCUAUUAUGUCGUCAUCUGGUGAGUUGGCGGUUAUUCUUAUAUGGCAGGAGAUGCCUUUCCUUGCGUGACUUGGCUGUCAGUGAUGGAUCACAGACGCCCAUGUAGUUGUAGUCAAAUCAAAUUUUUGAUUCUAUUUAGGUUUAAGAUUGGUCUUAGAAACCCUUGUAUCUCUGGUUUUGACGGGAUGGAGGGUUACAGGGUGGGUCGAUGAUGUCCUGCUCUAGUUGAUGGCUGUCGGUCGCAUUUUGUUUUUGGUUUCGCUAUUUUUCGAUGUUAAAAGCAGAGAAAAUCAAUUGUUUUUCCGAACAUUAGUGUAUGAAUAUGUCAUUGGUUACAUUUGGGGUUGGGAGGUUGUGAUCAUGGCAAGGUGGCUGCUGUAAAAACUGUUGUUUUUAUUCUUUGUAUUCAUGUGGUUUCGUUUUUUGAGUAA